AUGAGUGCCCAAAUACCCCCAGUUCCACCGGCUUUGGCUGCAGAGGUUCUGGCGUCCAGGGAUCGAUCUGUGGACCUCCACCGCAUGCAAUCCCACGACAGACAAUCUCUAGCUUCUGCACCUGCAGGGACAAAGACCCAAGGCUUCAGAGCGGGCGUUGGACUUGGGAAUGUGGCAAGACGGACGCUGGGGAUCGUCUUACUGCUUGUUACUGUUGGGUUGUGGACCAGCUCUAAUUUCUUGACGAGUUAUAUAUUUGCGGAUAACACGUACUCUAAACCUUAUUUCGUUACUUAUCUCAAUACUUCGUUUUUUGCAAUAUCUCUAAUCCCGAUCUUUUGGAGGAUAUCGCAUCAACAUGGUGUCUCGCAUAUAAGGACAUCCAUGGUGGAGUUCUGGCAGCAAAGGAAGGCAAGUUACACAGCUAUCGGCAGCAAAUCCGGUGGCGAUGAAGACGAUGCCGAGGAUCCUAUGUCGGGUUCGCAUUCCAGACUACUCGUGGAUAACGAUGUUGGACCAGCUUUGAGCUUAUCCGGAGAUCCUCACCCCCAAGACGAGAUGCUGGGCGUGUCCGAAACCGCAUGGCUCAGUCUGGAAUUCUGCUUCCUCUGGUUUGCAGCCAACUACUUGGUUGCGGCUUGCUUGGAAUAUACCAGUGUUGCGAGCUCGACUAUUCUGACAUCAACCAGCAGUAUCUGGACGUUGAUCUUUGGAGCUCUGGUUCGCGUGGAGCACUUCUCUUACAAGAAGCUCAUUGGAGUCUUGGCUUCGUUGUCUGGUAUCAUUUUAAUAUCUUCGGUCGAUCUAUCGAGGAAAGAUAAUGACGACCAUCGGGGAAACUUCCCGCAUAAAUCUCAAGGAGAGAUUGCCCUUGGCGAUGCUAUGGCUUUUGGAAGCGCGGUCAUGUAUGGUAUCUAUGCCGUUGUCAUGAAGAAGCGGAUUGGUAACGAGGAUCGUGUGAGCAUGCCGCUGUUCUUCGGACUUGUUGGUCUUUUCAAUGUGAUCUUCUUGUGGCCAGGAUUUAUAAUACUGCACUUUACUGGAGUGGAGACAUUUGCCCUGCCACCUACUAGCAAAGUCUGGGUUAUCAUCCUGAUGAAUGCUGCAUCGUCCUUCAUUGCAGACUACUGUUGGGCAUAUGCAAUGCUCCUCACUACGCCAUUGUUGGUGACAGUUGGACUGUCUAUGACAAUUCCCUUGUCCUUGAUCGGCCAAAUGAUAAUCAGCAAACAGUAUUCCAGUGCUCUGUAUUGGGUUGGAGCUGUUAUUGUUCUCCUGUCCUUCCUGUUCAUCAAUCAUGAGAGUAAAGAUGAAGAUGAUCCUCUUGUCAGGCGUGAAGGCAUUGAUACCAUUGCUUGA